AUGGUGUAUUCAGUCCCUCUGAUCAUAUUUAUGGAUGAUGUUUCCGGGAAUGUCUUGAAACAGUGGAACAAGCACCAUGCAAUAUACAUGUCAAAUGCCAACUUGCCUUGUGAGAUGCUGGAGAAGGAAUUCUGCGUUCAAUUUGUAAUGUCAUCCCUGCACGCUGUGCCAAUGGAAUUAAUGCAUGCAAUGAGGGAGUCUAUUGACUCAAUGAUGCUUAUUCCUUCUGGACUCUUUGUCGCAGGAGACAAUCCAAUGCAGGCACAAGAAUGUAGUCAUGCAGGGUUGAACUGUAAUUACUUUUGCAGGACCUGCCACAUUGGUGGCAUGAAAGAAUACAAGGAGUUGGACGUCGGUUACAACAAAAUGACAUUGCAAGUCUGUCAGCAAUUUGAGACGGCGUUAUGCUCGGGAGCUGCAGGGAAGAUUGCAGCCGCCACAACGUCAACUGGAGUUCGUGACUCUCUUUCAUCUUCGCUCAUUAAUACACUGGUAGAAUUGGGCAAGAAACUGCGAAAACGAGACACAGGACAGUCAGCGUUAGCAGAAUCUGAAGUUUGUGCUAAGCUGGAGGACGAGCUCGAGCAUUUGUUGCAAAGCAGGACAUGCUAUGAUGCGAUAAACCCCCUUCUCGGGAUGAACGGACUCAAUAUUCACCUCGACACUCCGACCGAGAUUCUUCACACUGUUCUACUUGGCGUUGUGAAGUAUUUCUGGGGCCAGACUGUCUUUCUACUCGAGAAAGCAAAACUACUCACUGUGUUUCAGACGCGUCUCGCCUCAUUGGAAACGGAUGGCUUGAAUGUGCCGUCCCUGAAUGCUGACUACAUUUGUCACUAUAAAGGGGGCUUGAUCGGCAAGCAUUUCAAAAGUCUUGCACAGGUUAUGCCAUUCGCUGUGUAUGACCUUGUUCCAAAGAGCGUUCUCGAUGGAUGGACUGCAAUCAGAGAAUUGGUUGUCCUCAUUUGGCAUACAAAAAUCAACGACACUGAAAGCUACUUGGCAGCACUAUCUCGAAAAAUUGGCGACUUUCUCAAUGUGGGUAUUGGUAUGAUGCUGAUGCAGAACAAUGGGUUCAGAGAGGCCCGCAGGUUGUCACCUACCUUGAAGACCAUCCUGAACAUGGUUGACUGCUUGGGAUUCCCAAUGAAAAUCUUGUAG